GUCGUGCGGGCUCCUGGCGCUGGCCCUGUGCGCGCUAGCGCUCAGCCUGCUCGCCCACUUUCGGACUGCGGAGCUGCAGGCCCGGGUGCUGCGCCUGGAAGCGGAGCGCGGGGAACGGCAAAUGGAGACGGCUAUUUUGGGACGAGUCAACCAACUGCUGGACGAGAAAUGGAAGCUCCACUCACGCAGACGCAGGGAAGCCCCGAAGAUGUCUCCAGGAUGUAACUGCCCACCAGGACCUCCUGGUCCCACUGGAAGACCUGGACUCCCAGGGAACAAAGGCUCCAUUGGAAUGCCUGGGCGUGUGGGAGUCAAGGGUCAACCAGGCGAGAAGGGUGCCCCUGGUGAUGCCGGCAUGUCCAUCAUUGGUCCCCGAGGCCCCCCUGGCCAACCAGGCACUCGAGGCUUCCCUGGGUUUCCGGGUCCCAUUGGCCUGGAUGGCAAACCGGGCCACCCUGGACCAAAAGGGGAACCGGGCCUGGCGGGACCCCGAGGACUGCCGGGCCCUCAAGGACAGAAAGGAGAAAAGGGUCAGUGUGGCGAGUAUCCUCAUCGGCUGCUGCCUCUUCUCAAUUCAGUGCGUCUGGCUCCUCCCCCAGUCAUUAAAAGGAGGACCUUCCAGGGUGAGCAGGGUCAGGCUGGUGUCCAAGGACCACCAGGGCCCCCAGGCCCCCCUGGACCAAGUGGACCUCUGGGGCACCCAGGACUGCCGGGACCCAUGGGGCCACCCGGCUUACCUGGGCCUCCUGGACAGAAGGGAGACCCAGGGAUCCAAGGCUACCAUGGCCGCAAGGGGGAGCGGGGCAUGCCAGGGAUGCCAGGCAAACAUGGAGCCAAGGGGGCGCCUGGGAUCGCUGUGGCUGGGAUGAAGGGUGAGCCAGGAACUCCAGGAUCCAAGGGUGAGAAGGGCGCUUCUGGCCCUCCUGGGCUCUCUGGGCUCCUGGGACAGAAGGGAGAGAAAGGUGAUGCUGGCAACUCCAUUGGAGGAAGCAGAGGGGAACCCGGUCCCCCAGGACUCCCUGGGCCCCCAGGGCCAAAGGGAGAAGCCGGUGAGGCUGGCCACGCCGGGCCCCCAGGACGACAAGGAGACAAGGGGCAUCCAGGAGCAGCUGGAGAGCAGGGACCAGCUGGCCCCAAGGGCUCCAAGGGAGAACCUGGAAAAGGAGAGAUGGUGGACUACAACGGAAAUAUCAGUGAGGCUCUUCAGGAGAUCCGAACACUGGCCUUGAUGGGGCCUCCCGGCCUUCCAGGACAAAUAGGCCCACCCGGAGCUCCAGGGAGUCCAGGCCAGAAGGGGGAGAUUGGACUACCUGGCCCUCCAGGACAUGAUGGGGAAAAGGGACCUCGAGGCAAGCCAGGGGAUCUGGGUCCUGCGGGUCCCCAAGGACCCCCAGGAAAGGAUGGGCCUCCAGGAAUGAAGGGAGAAACUGGACACCCAGGGAACCCCGGAGAGAAGGGAGAGAAAGGGGAGAUGGGACACGCAGGCUCACCGGGUCUAGACGGCCCAACUGGGGAGAAAGGAGAACCAGGUGACCAAGGGAGGCCCGGAGCUACAGGAUUGCCUGGCCCAAUUGGGCUCCCGGGAUUUACAGGAGAAAAAGGAGAAGCUGGAGAAAAGGGCGAUCCAGGAGCAGAGGUUCCUGGGCCACCAGGACCAGAGGGACCUCCUGGACCUCCGGGCCUCCAAGGUGUUCCUGGACCAAAGGGGGAAGCAGGCCUAGAUGGAGCAAAAGGAGAGAAGGGUGUCCAGGGAGAAAAAGGAGACCGAGGACCUCUGGGAUUACCGGGAGCUUCAGGUUUGGACGGCAGGCCUGGGCCACCGGGUACUCCAGGACCAGUCGGAGUUCCAGGCCCAGCAGGACCAAAGGGCGAGAGGGGCAGCAAAGGAGAUCCAGGGAUGACAGGACCAACGGGAGCAGCUGGACUUCCUGGUUUACAUGGACCACCCGGGGACAAAGGAAACCGGGGACAUCGAGGUUUUAAAGGAGAGAAAGGGGAGCCGGGGUUACCAGGGCUGGACGGACUGGAUGCCCCAUGCCCGUUGGGUGAAGAUGGCUUACCAGUCCAGGGCUGCUGGAACAAGUGAUACCUCUAACCUUGGAUUGGCCUGUGUGUGUGUUUGUACAUAGAAUAUUUAUUUUUAUACAGUUUUCACUUUUUGAAAAUGCCGGAAGUAUGAUGCAUCUUACAGAUUAUUAAAAGAGAGAGAGAUAGGAAAAAACCUGCAUAUUUUGUACAGAAAAUAACAACCUCUUCCCUUUGUUCACAAGCUGUUUUGUAUAAUUCUGUCUCUAAUACACAUUCUGUUUGAGUACAGUCUUAA